AUUUGUUAUUAUUAUUAUCAGAGUUGUUUAGAAUUUAUGAGCAUUCAAAAUCAACAACUUUAAAGAUUAAUCAACAACACAUAUAUAACAAAAAAGAGAGUUUCAGCUGGAUCAUUCGGGGUAGUUUAUUGCGGAUAGGAUAUAAAUACAAGAGCAAUUGUAGCAAUUAAGAUUGAUAAGGGAAACAACGAUGACACAAGUUUAGAAAGAGAAGUAAUUCUGAAUUUACAAAUUUAAAGGCAGAAAUACUCAAAAGAUUACAAAAAAUACCUUAAAUUCCAAAAUUAUUUUGGGCAGGAAAAGAUGGUGAUUCAAAUGUUUUAGUAAUUUAAUAUUUGGGAAGAGACCUUACACAUUUUAUGAAAACUUUUAGAAAAUUUUCUUUGAAAUGUGUAUUGAAUAUUGCUGAAUAAAUGAUAAACAUUAUAGAGAAUAUACAUAAAAAGUAAGAGCAGAUUUGUUUUAUUUUUAGUAAAGUCUUACAUAGAGACAUCAAACCAGAAAAUGUACUUGUUGGUAAAGAUGAUGAAGAGAAUUUGCUUUAUAUAGUAGAUUUUGGUAUAAGCAAAUUUUUUAAGGAUGAAAACGAUUCUCAUAUGUAAAUUUCUUAAAAUAACUUAGUUCAUUUCGAGAGAACUAACCAUUUAUUGGUACUACUAGAUACGCAAGUAUCAAUGCACAUAAAGGAUUUUCAUUAAGUCGAAGAGAUGAUUUGGAAUCAUUAGGCUAUAUGCUCAUAUUCUUACUAAAGGGUAUUAUUUAAUUCAAUUAUUUUUUAAGGAUAAUUGCCAUGGUAAAAUUUACAAUUUGUAGAUGAAGAAGAUAAAAUGAGAUAGGUUGGUCAAAUGAAAAUGAAAAUAGACAUGAAUGAAUUAUGUAAAGGAAUUCCUAUUGAAUUUGGAAGAUUCUUAGAUUACAUCAAAGGAUUACCUUUCAAAUCAGAACCAAAUUAUAAAUACUGCCAAAAUUUAUUUAAGAAAUUAUCAUAGGAGCAUAAUUAUUAAUAAAAAGAUUCUAUAUUUGAUUGGGAUCUCGGCCCAAAAUCAGAGAGAUAAGAUGAUAAAAAAAAAUAAACUUUUGACGGACAUAUGCCAAGUAGUUCAAAUAAUAGCAAUUUAGUUAAUAAUAAACCCUCUUUGUAUAAAGUUUUAAUUAUUCUAGAUUUAAAAAAUCAAAAGAUGAUAUUUCUUCAAAUAAUAUUGGUGGAUCAUUAUUAAAUUAUUCUCAAGAAUAACUAGAAAUGAAUUCUCUACUUAAAACUCCAGAGUAAAGAAAAUCAAGUUUGGCUCCUGAUAUUAAUAGGAGAAAAAGUAGAAUGCAAUCUGUUAGUAGCUACAAUGAUUCUCAUUCAGAAAUAGAUUUUAAUAAUGGAAGUGUCAUGCUAGGAAUUUAACCUAGUAUGUUAAGUAGGUUGAGCAAGAUCUCAUUCAAUUCGCAUUCAAGGGUUAAAGAUAGCAAAUUAAAUUUAAGUUUAACUCCUGAAUAGAAAAGAUCAAAUUUACAUGAUAAAAAAUUAUCAAUUACUCCUAAUUCAUAUAUAUAAUAAGUUGCAGGAUAAAAAUAAAAAACAUUAAUUAGGAAUUCGAAUUCUUAAUAAAAACUAUCACUUAAAAAGGAGGAAGAAACCAUAAAAGAGUUUUCAAAAAUGAAUGAAACAGAUGAAGGGAUUGAACGUAAAUAUAUGCUUUUAAAAUAAGCAUCAGUAAAUGCGUAUGUAAAUUGUACUUACCAUAUUGUAGUCGCUUCAAAAAAUCAAUAAAUUGACAGUAUCCAG